UAGGACAGAGAAAUAUUAGUUUCAACAGCUGUUUCUUGAUCCUCUUCUCGGUAAUAUACAAUGACGAGACACAUCGUGUCUGUUUUCUGUUUACAAAAGUUACUCGUGGUGAACUGAGAGGAACGCUUCUAUUUUUUAUUCACGCAACGGUCUGCGAGUGUCCAAAAAUAACUGCUGUUUGACGGGAAACAGUUUUUAAUCAAGUGUCAGGUCCACUCUAUGAAACCGCUUCUCCCUUGCACAUUGCAGACGUGUUGGAGGGACCUCCAUGGUCUACAGUUAUUCCUCACGAAAGGGCGUCUUGAAACCGCCUGCACCGAAUAGCAUUUGCUGUUCCGUCAUCUCCCCUCCGCUUUUGGUAUCCCGGAAGUUCACCGAUGACAGGAGAGAGGGGAAAGGGGACGAGUGCUCUCCACCUGGACGAGGAGACCUUCCGCCGGGCCUGCCGGUGUUUUGUCCAGCACUCCCACGCCCUCAAUGAUGGAUGGAGCUGGGAGGAGGUGAAGGGGUCCGAUGAAGGCUACAUGAGGAAGACUGUUCUGGUCCCGGGGAGGACCGCCCCUCGUUCCGCCCGAAAUGGCGCCAGUGAACCGGCGGACGACUUGGACGCCCUGGGGCAGAGAGAAGGGCAGGACCUAGAAGAUGACGAUGAGGAGCAGGCUGGUGGUGAUGAAGAGCGCGCGGCAUCAGAGACCUCCUCUCCGAUCCGCUAUGAGUACCAUGUUCUGUACUCCUGCAGUUACCAGGCCCCUGUGUUAUACUUCAGAGCGUCUACUCUAGAUGGCCGUCCUCUGUCCCUGGAGGACAUAUGGGACAACGUCCACCCGAAUUACAGACAGCGCCUUUUGCAGGGGCCCUGGGACACCAUUACCCAGCAGGCGAUUCUUGGGUUCACUGGGUUCUUGGAUUCUUGGGUUCACUGGGCGCCUGCUGGACAGAAUCACUGUGGGGGCGGAUUGGCGAAGAGGACUCCGUUUACAACGUGUGCUGGUCAUCGGAGCGAACGGACGACACCCCGUCAUGUGACCUAUUUCGGACACGGGAGAGCUGCGUGUGGCCGCCUCCUCGUUCAUCCCGCGCGGUGCUCCCAAAUGGCGUGAACCGAGCUCGUUUUUUUUUUUUUGCCAGGAAUUCAAAAAACAGUUUUUGAAUAAUUAUGGUUUGCAAGAGAACUCGUAUGUCUGUUCUAGCAUUGCUAAUAAAAUAUCAAACCAAAAUUUAAUUCCUAAAAAA